CCGCUCCCAGUUUCCUGCACACCCGGAAGCAGAUCGCGCUGGGGAAAGGCCACGUCGCUAUGCGUGUGUUUCAGUCUACCUGGAUUAAACGUUUGCUUCUCUUCGUCUACCUUGAUUAAACGUGCACUUCGCAGUCCUCGGUUCUCCAUACCCGUGACCUGGGGAUCGCUACGGACCUUAAAAUACCCGCAACAGCCCCUUCGUCCCAAGUAAGUAGGAGAAUUGCUUCCCUUUCGGUUUAAAAUCUCUCUGAGGCUGUUCCUUGCUCUCUGCCUUUCUUCCUUAGGACCAUGUAGACAACCCCAUUCAGGUCGUGUUCCUGCUUAAAACCCUCUGCUUGGGCCCCGCGCCAAGUCGAGUCCUCAUUCGGGAUGUGGAUUAGCGCCCUUCGCGAUCCCCGAGCUCCUCCCUCGUCUGCCCCUGGAGGGGAGCGCCCACUGUCCGGCUCCUGAAGGAGCCGCUUCUCCUCCCACGUCCUGGGAUUCUGCAGACCCUCCCUGUCGUGAGACAUCGUUCUCCGCGCCACCUUGUGUCGUCCUCACGCCGGGUCCUUCCGCUCCCCAGGCUUCCCCUUCACAGCCACUGCUUUUCUUGACUCCCCGUUGGGACAGGUUGCCUGAGUCUGUCUUGUGACACCCAGUGUUCUUCCUUCCCAAAUUUUACUCCACUGGAAAAUGUGCUCUUCCGGGAGGUGGGCAUCCUAUUCCUCCCCCUUUCCUCCCGAAUGUGCGGGUGAGAGGGAUCAGGAGAGGAAAAGACGGGGAACGACGGAGCAAAAGGAAAAACUGAGGAGAAGAGAAUGAGGGAGACCCAUAAAUACACGGCAAAAUGGAUGAUACUUUAGGGACUUGCAAAGAGAGCAAGAGUGAAAGAGAACGGAUGGAAAAAGUAGCAGGGGGAGAAAAGCACACAGAGAAAUUUAGAAAAAAAGGGGACCUUCAGAGAGAUGAAGGGCAGCAAAAUAGAAUGGGGCGGCAAAGGAGGAGGCACUGCAGACAGACAGUGGGGAGAAGGUGAAAGAGUUGGAGCCGCGGCUGACAGAGCCACGUGGUGCUGGGACUGAAAGAGGGAGAGAGGGCAGUGGGUGACAAGCAGAGUAGAGGGAGAACCACAGCAGGGAGGAAGCCUAGGAAAUUGGGGGUGCUAGAGAGUGGGAACAAAGGAGGUGUAACAGGGAAGAGGGAAUUUAACAAGGAGAGCAGAGAGGGAGCUUAGAUGGGGGAAAAGAGGCAGAAAUACGUGGAGAUUGGGGACAAUCGGAAAGAUUGGGGAGAAAGAGCUACGAGAGGUGAAGUAAGUUGCAGAGCAUUGGGCAGAACAGACAUAAAGAGGGAAUAAAGAAAGGGGUGCAAAACAGAAAAGGAGAAAAAAAAGACGCGCAGAAUGAGAGAGGGAAACACAUAGCCGUGAAGAAAGCGGGAGAGGACCCCAUCCAGAUGCGUGACAGUUGAUUGGAUAUGGAUGGUGGUUAUUAUAUAUUGAUUUGUGGCUUUAUACUCCGAUUUGAAAUAUGUUUAAGUUGUACUCAUGAGGAUGAAAAUCACCAAAGUUUUUUCCAUAAGCCUUGUGCAUUUUGUAUGUAUUUGUAUCAAAAGAUAUUUGGAAUUCCUAUUUAGCCAGAGGGCAGUGACUUGAUCCAGUUAUUUGUGGUAACUCUCUUCUUCCCAAUGAUGGAGUAGAGGAUAAAGGAGGGGAGAAAUGGGGCAAGAAAUGACUGACUGUCACUACAAGAUAUGUCUUUGGUGUUUUUUGUGGCUUUGUUCUGUUUUGUUUGUUUUGGGGGGGGACAUGGUCUCUCUCUGCCGCCUAGGCUGGAGAGCAGUGGCAUGAUCUCGGCUCACUGCAGCUUCUACUUCCUGGCCUCAAGCAGUCUUUCCACCUCAGCCUCUCAACGCACUGGAAUUACAGAUGUGAGCCACCACACUAGGCCUACAAGAGACCAGCCUCACAUUGUUAUUCAAGCUGGAGUGCUGGCAUGCAGUGAGGCGAUCAUACCUCACUGCAGGUUUGAACUCCUGGGCUCAGGCAACCCUCCUGCCUCAGGCUCCCAGGUAGCUAAGACUGCAGAUUUGACUUUUAAAGAAUUAAUUAUAUUGACUGAGAGAGAGGCCCAGGAGAGAAAGAAGAAAGAAAAGGAGCCAGGGAUGGCUCUUCCUCAGGGAUCUUUGACAUUCAGGGAUGUAGCCAUAGAAUUCUCUCAGGAGGAGUGGAAAUGCCUGGACCCUGUUCAGAAAGCUUUGUACAGGGACGUGAUGUUGGAGAACUACAGGAACCUCGGCUUCCUGGCAGGACUCUGCCUUCCUGACCUGAAUAUUAUCUCCGUGUUGGAGCAAGGGAAAGAGCCCUGGACUGUGGUGAGCCAAGUGAAAAUAGCAAGGAACCCAAACUGUGGGGAAUGCAUGAAAGGCAUGAUCACAGGUAUCUCUCCUAAAUGUGUGAUCAAGGAAUUACCACCAAUACAGAACAGUAACACAGGAGAAAAAUUCCAAACAGUGAUGUUGGAAGGACAUGAAAGCUAUGACACUGAAAAUUUUUACUUCAGGGAAAUCCGGAAAAAUCUACAGGAACUUGACUUUCAAUGGAAAGAUGGUGAAAUAAAUUAUAAAGAAGGGCCAAUGACCCAUAAAAACAAUCUUAAUGGUAAAAGAGGUCAACAUAGUCAAGGGGACGUAGAAAACAAGCAUAUGGAAAAUCAGCUUAUAUUAAGGUUUCAGUCCAGUCUGGGUGAAUUGCAGAAAUUUCAAACUGCAGAGAAAAUUUAUGGAUGUAAUCAAAUUGAGAGGACAGUUAAUAAUGGUUUUUUAGCUUCACCACUUCAAAGAAUUUUUCCUGGUGUCCCAACCAACAUUUCUAGGAAAUAUGGGAAUGAUUUUUUGCAACUUUCGUUACCUACACAAGACGAGAAAACACAUAUUAGGGAAAAACCUUACAUAGGUAAUGAGUGUGGCAAAGCCUUCAGAGUGUCUUCAAGUCUUAUUAAUCAUCAGAUGAUACAUACUACAGAGAAACCUUACAGAUGCAAUGAGUCUGGUAAAGCCUUUCAUCGGGGCUCACUACUAACAGUACAUCAGAUAGUCCAUACAAGAGGGAAACCAUACCAAUGUGAUGUAUGUGGCAGGAUCUUCAGACAAAAUUCAGAUCUUGUAAAUCACCGGAGAAGUCACACUGGAGACAAACCCUACAUAUGUAAUGAAUGUGGCAAGUCCUUUAGUAAAAGUUCCCACCUUGCAGUUCAUCAGAGAAUUCAUACUGGAGAGAAACCUUACAAAUGUAAUCGAUGUGGGAAGUGCUUUAGUCAAAGUUCCUCUCUUGCAACUCAUCAGACAGUUCAUACUGGAGACAAACCCUACAAAUGUAAUGAAUGUGGCAAAACCUUUAAACGGAACUCAAGCCUCACUGCACAUCAUAUAAUCCAUGCAGGAAAGAAACCAUAUACAUGUGAUGUAUGUGGCAAGGUCUUUUAUCAGAAUUCACAACUUGUAAGGCACCAGAUAAUUCAUACUGGAGAGACACCUUACAAAUGUAAUGAAUGUGGCAAGGUCUUCUUUCAACGUUCACGUCUUGCAGGGCACCGGAGAAUUCAUACUGGAGAGAAACCCUACAAAUGUAAUGAAUGUGGCAAGGUCUUCAGUCAACAUUCACAUCUUGCAGUGCAUCAGAGAGUUCAUACUGGAGAGAAACCUUACAAAUGUAAUGAAUGUGGCAAAGCCUUUAAUUGGGGCUCAUUACUAACUGUACAUCAGAGAAUUCAUACCGGAGAGAAACCUUACAAAUGUAAUGUGUGUGGCAAGGUCUUUAAUUACGGUGGAUACCUUUCGGUUCAUAUGAGAUGUCAUACUGGAGAGAAACCUCUCCAUUGUAAUAAAUGUGGCAUGGUCUUCACUUACUAUUCAUGCCUAGCACGUCAUCAAAGAAUGCAUACCGGAGAGAAACCUUACAAAUGUAAUGUGUGUGGCAAGGUCUUCAUUGACAGUGGAAACCUUUCAAUUCAUAGGCGAAGUCAUACCGGAGAGAAACCUUUCCAGUGUAACGAAUGCGGCAAGGUCUUCAGUUACUACUCAUGCCUAGCACGUCAUCGGAAAAUUCAUACCGGAGAGAAACCUUAUAAAUGUAAUGAUUGUGGCAAAGCCUAUACUCAGCGUUCAAGCCUCACUAAACAUCUAGUAAUUCAUACUGGAGAGAACCCUUACCACUGUAAUGAAUUUCGUGAGGCUUUUAUCCAAAGUUCAAAACUUGCAAGAUAUCACAGAAAUCCUACUGGGGAGAAACCACACAAAUGUAGUGAAUGUGGUAGAACUUUUAGUCAUAAAACAAGUCUGGUGUACCAUCAGAGAAGACAUACUGGAGAGAUGCCAUACAAAUGUAUUGAAUGUGGGAAAGUCUUUAACUCCACUACAACCCUGGCAAGGCAUCGGAGAAUUCAUACUGGAGAGAAACCUUACAAAUGUAAUGAAUGUGGCAAGGUCUUCCGUUAUCGCUCAGGCCUCGCACGUCAUUGGAGUAUUCAUACUGGAGAGAAACCUUACAAAUGUAAUGAGUGUGGCAAAGCCUUUAGAGUACGUUCAAUUCUGCUUAAUCAUCAGAUGAUGCAUACUGGAGAGAAACCUUAUAAAUGUAAUGAAUGUGGUAAAGCUUUUAUCGAAAGGUCAAACUUGGUUUACCAUCAGAGAAACCAUACUGGAGAGAAGCCAUACAAAUGUAUGGAAUGUGGCAAGGCGUUUGGGCGGCGGUCUUGCCUCACUAAACACCAACGAAUUCAUUCUAGUGAAAAACCUUAUAAAUGUAAUGAGUGUGGCAAAUCUUACAUUAGUCGCUCAGGCCUCACUAAACAUCAGAUAAAACAUGCUGGAGAGAACCUUACAACUAAACUCAAUGUGGAAAGGCCGUUAGAUGUUGUCCUAACUUCUGGGAUCCCCAAAUAAUUUAUACUUACUCAUAUAGCUUGUAUAUUUGUCCUUUCCCUUUGAAGUCUCAUGUGGAAUUGUAAUCUCCAGUAUUGGAGGUGGGGCCUAGUGGGAGGUGAUUGGAUGAUGGGGGUGGCUUUCUCAAGAAAGUUUUAGUACCAUCCCCUUGUUGCUGUCCUUGUGAUAGUUCUCAUGAGGUCUGGCUCAUGCCUGUAAUCCCAGCACUUUGGGAGGCUGAGGUGGGCGGAUCACUUGAGGUCAGGAGUUCAAGAGCAGCCUGGCCAACAUGGUGAAACCCUGUUUCUGCCAAAAAUACAAAAAUUAGCUGGGCUUCGUGGCGGGUACUGGUAGUACCAGCUACUCGAGAGGCUGAGUCAGGAGAAUUGCUCGAACCCUGGAGGCGGAGGUUGCAGUGAGCCGAGAUCGCGCCACUGCACUCUAGCCUGGGUGACAGAGUGAGACUCCAUCACACACACGCACGCACGAAAGUGAAUGGCACCUCCCUCUUGUUUGUUCUUCUGGCCAUUUGACAUGCCCUUCACCUCCCACCAUCAUUUUAACCUUCCUGAGGUUUCCCGAGAGGGUGAACAGACGUCAGCGCCAUGUUUCCUAUAAAGCCUGCAAAAUUGUGAGUCAAUUAAACCUCUUUAUACAUUACCUAGCCUCAGGUAUUUCUGUCUAGCCAUGCAAUUAUGGCCUAAUAUAUUUACACAUGGAGUGAAUAUAGCUAAGUUUUAAGCAAGUGUUCACUAGGCAUAAGAAUAUACAUCCUGGAGAGAAAUCACAGAAGUGUAGUAUAUGUGGCAAGAAUACUACUUAAAGGUCAAAACUUGUGGAUCUAUAACUCGAAGUGCAGAUAUGCUUUACAAAUGAAGUGAGGGUGGCAGAAGCUUCACCAGAGUUCAGUCACUACUUGAGAGUUUAUAUUGGAAAGAAAUCAUAUAAAUGUAUGUGCUAGAGGCUUCCCCGAGGUGUCUGAACUCACUAGACCUCAGAAUAUACAUCUUUGACAAAUGUAAUGUGUGUGCUAAGACUUUUUACCCGAACAUCCAAAUGGAAACAUCAGAGUAUUCAUACCGGAGAACAGUCUUACAAAGGUAACGAAUGUGGUAAGCCUUUUUAAAAAUCAAAUGGGCUGGGUAUGGUGGCUCACACCUGUAAUCCCAGCACUUUGGGAGGCCGAGGUGGGUGGAUCAUCUGAUGUCAGGAGUUUGAGACCGGCCUGGCCAGCAUGGUGAAACCCCAUCUCUACUAAAAAAUAGAAAAAUUAGCUGGGCGUACUGGUGGGUGCCUGUAAUCCCGCUACUUGGGAGGCUGAGGCAGAAGAAUCACUUGAAUCCAGGAUGUGGAGGUUGCUGUAAGCCGAGAUUGUGCCAUUGUACUCCAGCCUGGGUGACAAGAGUGAGACUCUGUCUCAAAAAAAUAAAAAAAUCAAAUGUU